CAGGCCCAAGAAGGAAGGCUUGCAGAAGCGGCGCCCGGUCUUCCGCAGCAACAUUGAUGCUUUGUGCUUGCAUUGUGAGGAGGCACAUUUGACAGAAGGGACCUUUGUGAAUUUGUUCGAGCUGCCAGACCCGGAUCCCGACAGCCUACGCCAUAUGCUCGAGCGACAUGGGCGACAUUGCGAGAGGGCGCGGUUGUGGCCCUGGGCUUUUGGCAUGUGGAUCUUAGAUUAGUAGGCCGUUCUGUUCGAGUGCGCCUGUUCGUUCUUGGCCCAAACGCUCCUGUUCUUUCUUACCGACUGGGUCCCUCCGGAAGAUUCAGGGCCAAACGCUCGGGUCGCGUUUGAGGUUCCAUGGAUCCACGAAGGACCGGACCAGGGGUCGAGAAGUCAGCCCUUCCCGUCAGCUCCGUCCCUACCUCUGGAGGUUGGUGGACCAGGGGUUGAGAAGUGGGUCGGUCUUUCUCUACCUUCGGAUGUGGUCUCCUGGAGCCCUGGGGGGGUAUCAUGGGGAUGGUGACAUUGGAUGAAGCAGCUACAUUUCACCAUGGUCCACUGUAAAAGUAGACUGGAGACGGCAAGAAGGCAGCUAACUAGCUAUAGAUAGUCAGCUACGAUAGAUACGGUAGAUAUGGAUAGAUGAUGAUAGAUGAUGAUAGAUGAUGAUAGAUGAUAGAAUUCAAUAGGAUGGUAGAUGGAUAGGAUAGUGGAUAGGAUAGGGUAGGAUAGAUAUUGUUUAAAAAUUGUUUAUAUAUGUUUUUUUGAGUAGACUAUAAAUAGAAUGGAUCGUCGAUGACAUAUCAAUAAAUUGUUUGAACCUGUAUUGGAAACCAUGGCAUGGUCUUCAUUUCAGUCCCAUGGCAAAUCAGUGGACGUCCUAUUGAAAAUUAUGUUGACUUUCUCAAGUGUGCUGAUCAAACACUGCCUGCACGCGACGUGUGACCAGAAUAGUGUGACUCUGACCCGUUCAUCGAGAAAAUGGCCAGGUUGAAAGACCACUUUGGCCGGUGCUCCUCAUGUUCUUGCGAGGCUAAACCCUGCGCAUGAUCGAGAAGGAGCUCUCGAACGCCUUGACCACUCUCUUUUUCCUCGAAAGUGAGGCAGAGGUCUCCAUCUUCGACUGACGAGGUCCUUUCAAACAAAGAUAGGCCCUCAAGUGGCAGAGAGAGGUCAAGGGAAAGUCGAGCUAACUUUUGAAUCUCAAUAUAUCUCAAUCGAUCUCAAUACCCUCCUCUUGCGUGUGAGGAAACUCCUGCGCACAGGAGGCAGCCUUUUGAAAUCCACGUGUCAGAAGGACACGUGAUAAGACAUCAAUAGCUUGGCAUUGGAAUUCAGAAGGCACUUGCAGCAUCAGCACCUCCAUGGCGGGGUUGGAAGGUGCUGCUUUUCCGCCAUCUGGAGCGAGUGCCCAGCACUCUUAGCUGCAGACAGACGAUUUGCAACUAAGAUCUUUUGGUGAGGAUCGUCGACUUCUGAAGUCUGGUGAGGAGCACACAUUCAGGUGAUGAGGGAGCCA